UCCAGCAGUACGGAGCUGCAAACUCCAUUUGGCAUAAUUCCCCAUACACACACACACACACACACACACACACACACACACAAACACACACAGCCGAACACACAGCAAAAAGUCGAUUUUUCACCAACAUAAAGUUGUAUAUGCGCAAAACUUUCAAUUGCUGUGAAUAUAAACGAGAAUAGAAAAUUAAAUAAUAUAAACUGUGAGGAUAUAGACAAAAGUAUUCGCGUGUGAUAUAUAAGGAGUGCAGCAUUUCGAUUUUAAUUCCCAUUCGGCUAAUCGGAAUGCUGAGCUCAUCGUAGAGCGCAGAAAAGUGGAGAUACGAAACUUGCAACCACCCGACCGCCCGCCCGCCCGCUAGCCGCAAAAACAAAACCCAGUGUCGCGAGUCCCGGGGUCCAAAGUUGACCUCUUCUAUUGUGAUGUUAUGUUUAUGCCAAUGAGAAAGCUGAUAAGUCGUGUGACCAAGCGCCUGAAAGGCUGUUGAGCAAUGCAAAGCGGAGCCGGAGGCAUAGCCAACAGACAGCCUUAGCCUGAGCCGAAUCCUGCCACGAAUUGCGUCCGCGGGCUGAGAGGUGUUUUAUUGAGCGACACCGCGUAACGGACAGCGUUAAGCAUCAGCUACGGCUGCAACAACAACGGCGACAACAACAACAACAACAACGAGGACGACGACCACGACCAGGUCGACGACUAGAACGCGCACAUGGCUAGCUGGAGCUGGAGCAUCUUGUGCGCAACGCUGCUCGCCGGCCUCACGUUACUCACGGUGACCCAUACGGUGCGCAUUACCAAUCUCCGUGUGCCGCACACUUACACACUCGAACGUGAUAAUGAGCCCGAUCCUCUGGUGUUGGACUGCGAGUACGAGAUGGGGCCGCGGGAGAAGGGCUUUGUGCUCAAGUGGCUGUUCAACAAUCAUUCCAUCUAUCAGUGGAUACCCUCCGUAAAGGGUUUCGCCAUGGGCUUCAUGAAGGCAAAGAUAGACACCAAAAUAUUCAGCAUGGAGGGCAGUCCCGGUGUUAUAUCGAUAAAGAAUCCCGACUGGAACAUGACGGGGGAAUACACCUGUGCCGUGCAAACCUUUGAGUCCACGGAUAAGCGGAGUGCCCGCUUACAAAUAAUCGUUCCUGAGUCGGAUUUCAUGCUGGAGGCACGCAUGGGUGGCGAACAGACGGAUGUGGACAUAAUGUGCGCGGUGCAGAACGUAUUUCCACAGCCGGUGCUCUCCGUCAUCUUUGAUACACACAUACUGGACUCGGUGCUGACGCAGUUGGAUCAGAACCCGAGCGGCCUGUACAGCAUGACAGUGCGGACGCGCAUUCCUAGAGAUCAGCUCGAAUCACCCACACCGAUAACAUGUGCGUUUUUCCUGCUUGGCACAAACUAUACCAAACGCAGGGAGACUAUUUUCUAUGAUAAGGCCACAAAUAUACAACGCAAAUGGACAACAGUCGCCGUAGUUAUGUCGAUCGCAUCUUUAGCUUUAAGCAGUUAGUUUGAUAGUGUUUUUUGUAGGCUAUGUACGUACGAUUUGUUUUUAUGUUCGUUUAGAAUGUUUACAACUUUUUCAUUUUUAAAUAGAAUUUUAAACGAUAAACGUAAUUUUUUGCGGUAUUUUUAAAAAAGCGCUUAUUUUGUAAAUGCAUGUAAAUGUAAGAGAAAUGAAAUGACUCACACACACACACACUCAAACACACUCACACACACUAACACACACACAGUAAAAAGAAAAUAAAAAAAAAGUGAAACAUACAACAAACACUAAGCAAAACAGCA